UUGUUUUGGUUGUGUUUACGAUUUGCGCGACUCGACGAAACUGGACGAGUGCUCGACGCUGCCAGAAUAUUAGUGCAGCUCACACAUUCGUAACGCUAUAGCUAAAACACAUUCGCAUCCAGCGAGGCACGAUUGUGGACGCAAAUAUAUAUAUCUGGACGCUAUCAAUCAAAAGUGCGAACGCCGCAAUUGACGUACAGCAGCUGAUAAAGUACCUGAAAAUAUCAGAUAAAAUCAGAGGAGGACCUUCUGAGUUGAGCUGAGCCGAGGAAUUUCUUAAACUUUGCCGCCCCGUUAUCCUGUUAUCCUGCGGCAGCCACCAUGCGCUUCCAGGGCCUCAUGCAAAUGCGCAGAUAUGCGACAGCCGCCACCCUCAGGCAAAUCGCACACACAUACGCGCGCGCACACACACGCACGCACACAACGCUGCGCACGCUGGCGAGCAGCGCAUCGCCGCUGCCGGAACUGACACAGAUCUCGGACCAUGUGCAGCGCGGCAAUUACGCAGAGCUGAACGACAAGGAUGUGUCGCACUUUGAGCAGCUGCUGGGCAAGAAUCAUGUGCUCACCGAGGAUCUGGAGGGCUACAACAUAUGCUUCCUGAAGCGCAUACGCGGCAACAGCAAGCUGGUCCUCAAGCCGGGCAGCACGGCGGAGGUGUCCGCCGUAUUGCGCUACUGCAACGAGCGUCGGCUGGCCGUGGUGCCGCAGGGUGGCAACACUGGCUUGGUGGGCGGUUCGGUGCCCAUAUGCGAUGAGAUAGUGCUGUCGCUGCAGCGCCUGAACAAGGUGCUCUCCGUGGACGAGGUGACCGGCAUUGCCAUUGUCGAGGCCGGCUGCAUUCUGGAGAACUUUGAUCAGCGUGCCCGGGAUGUGGGUCUCACCGUGCCGCUGGAUUUGGGCGCCAAGGCCAGUUGCCACAUUGGCGGCAAUGUGUCCACCAAUGCCGGCGGCGUUCGUGUUGUGCGCUAUGGCAAUCUGCAUGGCUCUGUCCUGGGCAUCGAGGCUGUGCUGGCCAACGGUCAGGUGCUCGAUCUGAUGUCCAAUUUCAAGAAGGACAACACCGGCUAUCAUAUGAAGCAUCUGUUCAUUGGCUCCGAGGGCACGCUGGGCGUUGUUACCAAGCUGUCCAUGCUCUGUCCGCAUGUCUCCAAGGCCGUUAAUGUCGCCUUCAUUGGCCUCAAUUCCUUUGAGGAUGUGCUCAAGACAUUUGUCAGCGCCAAACGCAAUCUGGGCGAAAUACUUAGCUCCUGUGAGCUCAUCGAUGAGCUGGCCCUCAACACGGCGCUAACCCAGUUCAAGUUUCUUAACUCGCCCAUCUCUGGCUAUCCCUUCUACAUGCUCAUCGAGACCUCCGGCAGCAAUGGCGCACAUGACGAGGAGAAGAUCAAUCAGUUCAUUAGCGAGGGCAUGGAACGUGGCGAAAUAUUGGAUGGCACUGUUACCGGGGAGCCCGGCAAGGUGCAGGAGAUUUGGAAAAUUCGCGAAAUGGUGCCGCUGGGCCUCAUCGAGAAGAGCUUCUGCUUCAAGUAUGACAUAUCGCUGCCGCUGCGCGAUUUCUAUGGCAUUGUGGAUGUCAUGCGGGAGAGAUGCGGUCCACUGGCCACAGUUGUGUGCGGCUAUGGCCAUUUGGGCGACUCCAACCUGCAUCUGAACGUGUCCUGUGAGCAGUUCAACGAGGACAUCUACAAGCGUGUCGAGCCAUUUGUCUACGAGUACACGUCCAAAUUGAAGGGCAGCAUCAGUGCCGAGCAUGGCAUCGGUUUUCUCAAAAAGGAUUAUCUGCAUUAUUCCAAGAAUCCGGUGGCCAUUGACUGGAUGCGUGACAUGAAGAAAAUGUUUGAUCCCAAUGGCAUACUCAAUCCCUAUAAGAUGCUUAAUUAAAUCCAGCACCGCCUCAUACUAUAUAUUCUUAAUUUUUUUUUUUUUUUUUGUGUCUCUUAUAAUCAUAUUGUUACAAAUAUAAAGUGUAAAGCUUCUGAUAAUAAAUGUGCAUUUACUUGUUUG